AUGGCAGUGGACGUAACAUCUGAAUCAGAAGAACUAAAAGCAAGGGCUAAUGAAUUUUUUGGAAGUGGUAAAUACUCAGAGGCUAUUGAGUUGUACUCAAAAGCUAUCGAUUUGAAACCAACUGCUAUUUAUUAUGCUAAUCGGAGUUUCGCUUAUUUGCGUAAGGAGUUAUUCGGCGCGGCCCUUACGGAUGCGUCUAAAGCUAUCGAAUUGGACCCAAAUUACGCGAAAGGAUAUUAUAGGAGGGCCUCGGCAUAUAUGGCUAUGGGCCAUUAUGAUCUCGCUCUUAAUGAUUUUAACACGGUUGUGAAAAGGCAUUCAAAUGACAAAAGCGCUAAAGAAAGGUAUAAGGAAUGCCUUAGUAAGUUUCGAUACCGAAAAUUUGCCCAAGCCAUUGCCCACGAGGACAAGAAGUCUCCUCUCGAAACAUUUAACCCCGCAGAUGUGAUUAUCGAACCUUCCUACAAGGGACCACACCUUCCACAAAAUGAGGAUGGUGAAUACCUUGUAACUGAGACCUUUAUGAAAUCUCUUAUUGACACCUAUUUGAAAGAAGGAAAACUACAUAAAAAAUAUGCAAUGGUGAUGAUUCGCAAAUUUUAUGAAUUUAUUAAGCAACUUCCCUCCUUGGUUGAAAUUGAUGUUUCUGAUGGCAGUAAGUUUACUGUUUGUGGUGAUGUUCAUGGUCAAUUUUAUGAUUUGAUCAACAUCUUUGAUCUCAAUGGAAUGCCAUCUACUACAAACCCAUAUCUGUUCAACGGUGACUUCGUGGACCGUGGGUCCUUCUCUGUUGAGUGCAUUUUUACGUUGAUCGGAUUUAAGUUACUUUACCCUGACCACUUUUUCAUGUCUCGAGGUAAUCACGAGUCUGAAAAUAUGAACCAAAUGUACGGCUUUGAGAAUGAAGUGAGGACCAAGUACAACACUGAAAUGGCUGAAAUUUUCACCGAUGUAUUCAAUUGGCUUCCGCUGUCUCUUUUGAUUAAUGGACGCAUUUUGGUCAUGCAUGGGGGCCUAUUUUCUACGGAUGACGUGGACUUGGACGAUCUUCGUAAUAUCUCCCGCAAUUGCCAACCACCAGAGAAGGGUUUGAUGUGUGAACUCCUUUGGUCUGAUCCAAUGGAUGGCAAUGGUCGGGCACCUUCCAAACGCGGCGUUGGAUGCCAAUUCGGUCCUGAUGUCACGUUGAAUUUUUGUGAACGCAACAACCUCGACUACAUAAUUCGAAGUCAUGAGGUUAAGGAUCAGGGUUAUGAGGUAGCACAUGGUGGUCGAUGUAUAACUGUAUUCUCCGCUCCAAAUUACUGCGAUAUCACGGGGAACAAAGGUGCCUUUAUUGUCCUCAAAGGGUCUCACGAGCCUGGUGCUAUGAAACCAGAAUUCACGAGCUUCAAGGAGGUCCCUCAUCCAUCUAUACGCCCAAUGGCUUUUGCUAACAGCCUUCUUGCGAAUUUGAUAUAA